UCCGUGCUGUUGAUUUCGUGACGUGGAUGGGAACCGCGGCCCGAGGAAUAGUUUCGAGCCCGUAUCGCCGAGUGCAAGCCCGCGGGACCUGCAGCCGAUAACGGCAGGCGUCGACAAUGUUCGAGAUCACAGACUUCCAGAAAAUCGGCGUCGGCCUAGCCGGAUUUGGCGUUGCCUUCCUGUUCCUGGGCGUCCUGUUGCUGUUUGACAAGGGCCUCCUUGCCUUAGGAAACAUCCUGUUCCUCACUGGCCUGGCGUUCGUCAUCGGCCUAGAGCGCACAUUUCGGUUCUUCUUCCAGAGGCACAAGAUUCGUGGCACGCUUGCGUUUUUUGGUGGCAUUGCCAUCGUCAUCUUUGGUUUUCCCCUAAUCGGGAUCAUCGUUGAAAGUUAUGGCUUCAUCCUGCUCUUCAGCGGGUUCUUCCCCGUUGUCAUCAACUUCCUACGUAGGAUACCCAUCUUGGGCACUCUGCUCAACCUGCCAUUCAUAGGACCAUUAAUGGAUCGCCUUUCAGGAGACAAGGGCGGGUCGAUUGUGUGAGCUUUUGUCCUGGGCCCCGGGGUGGCUGCUGUCCGCACUAGGGCACGUCGCCACCCUACUCCACUCAGCCGUGUCCAAGGCGGCUGCGGCGGCCUCUCGAGCGCGGGACGCUGCCGCUGGCGCAGCACGGCAGGUGCGUGACGCUGCAGCUGACAGCGCAUCAAGGGGGGCUACAGCUGUGAGGGAAGCGGCCACAUCGGCAACUGCCACCGUAGGCGCCAGCGCCCAGGCGGUGCUGUCAGCAACAAACCUUGGUGCUGCACGAGCAGCGAUGGUGGUGACGGAAGCACGAUCUGCAGCGAGCCACAGCGUGGCACGAGCGGUGGCGGCAGUAUGGUCGGCAGCGAGCUUCAGUACAGGUGCAGUGCAAGCAGCAAAGACUGCUACGUCUGCAGCAGCCAUUGGUGUCGCCGGAGCUGCAACAUCUGCAAAGGCUGGAGCUGAGAGGACGGUGGCUCAAGUCGCCCGGACUGCCCACUCCGUUGCAUCCAUCAGAGCUGCAGAAGCAGCACGGGCAGCCCGUUCUGCAGCUGGUAUUGGCACAGCAAGAGCAGUUCGUGCCGUCAGCUCUGCGGCGGAACUUGGCACUGCGCGAGCGGUGCAAGUCUUGGAUGCCAUGCAAAAGCACAGAGCUAACCAGAAGCCUGCAGACGACCUAGAAGCCGGCCGCCGCAAGGGUCCAUCGCCUGACCGAAGCAGCCAACGAACGAAAUCGUGAGCGCAAAAGCAAGCGCCCGUAAAAUUCUGCUGUGUCACAGCCUCCCAAGAGUCCGCUCAAGAGUUAAAAAUCAUUGAUACCUGUUUCUGUCCCCACACUGCCACCGGUGCCUGGCUGUUCCCUCGCUGUCUGUCGUCAUUCCUCCUUGAGUGUGUCUCUUGCCAUCAAGUCACCUGAUGUCACCAUUCCUGCCUUCUUUAUGGGUUGCCUCACAAUCCCUUUACCUCCUGGUUCCUUUUGCUUGCUUGCUUGCUUGCGAACACGUCACCAGCAGCUGUCAAUAAAGGCGCGCUCUUCCUGUA